AUGGCCACCAAAAAUAUCACUAUUCUUGUUUUUCUGAUACUCUAUGCACAAAAUCGAAAUUCAUCAUCGUUGGACAAACGGUCCGAUCUACCGGCUAAUCCCAUGUCUAAUGUGAAUUCUUGUGAAACUGAUUCAUCCAUAGUGUCUAACUCUACAAGCUUGCUCCAAAUACCUGUUGAAACUGCAAAAGUGUCGUCUCAUCCCUAUCAAGAAAUUCCAGCCCCAAACAUGAACUAUUUUCUCUACGAAUUUCGUUUGCCGCAUCCCAAUCUGGUCGCAGAAUUAGUUGGCGUCGGUUCGAAGUGUUUCGGUCGGGCUGUUCAGACAAUUGGACUGUUAUUCUCGAAACCGUUGGCCGAGGUUGUCUCCACAAUCGACUUUGUGGCUUGCAAACAUCUGCUAUCCCAAUCAUCUGAAACUUCGGUCCCACUGUUUACAAAUUCGCUGUUGAAUGCAUCAUCCAAACUGUCUGCGAAGUAUGGUGUCAUACCCUAUCGACAAGUUCCAUUAGAUCAAGUAGAUCCGUCUUCGUGGUCUGGAUUACUCCUCCGAUCUGAAAUCGCAUCUCAGGUCGAUGUAGGCUUGAUGGUUUGUGCCGGUCCCGAUCCACAUUCCCCAGACUCGAUUGAAUGUUACCGCCUGAGUCGGCAUCCGCAAAUGGCUCGGGCAUGUCGAACGAAAAGUAAAUUUCAGAUCAAUCCAAUCACGUACAAAUCCAGAGAUUGCCGCGUGCAUCCUUUGAGUGCCUGGCUUUGGUUCACCCUGACCCUGGUGCCAGCAGUAUUGUAUCAAGUCAAUCGAGCCUUAUGUUGCGUGGAGCUGGCCCAACAUUUGGGUAGGCUUGUGCAUUGUGCGAUUCCCAUCCGUUAUCCGGUUCUGAUCCCGGACCGACUGGACGCGCCCAAGUGCAUGCUUUCCGAAUUGCGCACAGCCUGCGAUCAGGAUCAUAAAGCUGCUGGUUUCCUCAUGUGGCCCACAUUGACCAAACCAUGGUCACAGUCAAAUCGGCACAACGAACUAAUAGAAGUCGGGAACUUGCUUGAGGCCACCACUACAUUAGGAGCGGAUGAUAUUGUGAACCUGGAACGACUAGAGUUAUGGGGUGAUUCGUUUCUCAAACUUAUGUCAACUUUGAUUGUCUAUCAGCAAUGUUCCACCGAUGCUUCCGAA